GCGAAAGGCAUUCUGGCACUCCAGAUUGAAUUUACGAACACACCCAUUGAUUUCGCGCCAAACAACAUUUAUCCACGCGCGAGUUUGUGCUCGGUAAACAUAUACAUAUACUAAAGCCUGAGUUAGCUAGGCCCUAUUCAUAUUAAUUUCAUUCCGGUGUAGGUCCCUCCACAAGAAUGGAAUCAAACAUGUCUGAACAGUUCGUUGAAGUUGACAAUUUCGGGGUCGAGUUGUUGGAAAAUAUUGAUAUGAGGAUGGAACCUCAACACAGCCAUGAGGAAGUCAGCAGCCAGGAGGUUUUAAUCCUCAUUGAAAGGGUGAUUCUAGAGAUAGUCACCAGUCUGUCCAAAGAUGAAGCUCCAGUUUUGGUCCUACCCAAGCGAUCCAGCUGGGCCAAUGUAAGUUUUGACAAUGCCGUUGGCCUUCAAAUGACUUCUGGCAGUUCUGUCACCACAGUUCGGAGCGACUGUUCCUCGUCUGUCACUAAAUUUGGGCACAUUCUCAAGGUUCUAUCCACCAUCUACAAACUUGUGCAGAGCAACACAUAUGCUACAAAAAGGGACAUCUAUUACAACGACACACAGCUUUAUGGUUCACAGAGGACUGUCGAUUCCAUUGUGGAUGACAUCUCCUGCAUGCUCAAGGUUCCACGCAGAAGACUACAUGUGCUAGCCACGUCCAAGGGCUUCAUCUCAGGUGAUCUGUGUUACCUGGAGGAGGACAGCACCAAGGUGGACUGCCACUCUAACUCCACUGCUACUCCAGUUUCUUCUAAUGUUGGCGGAAUCAGGAACAUUGUGUCAUCUGCUAAGUUUGUUUUGAUAGUGGAGAAGGACGCCACCUUCCAGAAACUGCUUGAUGAUGACUUUUGCACCAAGCUAUCUCCUUGCAUCAUGAUCACAGGUAAAGGUGUCCCAGAUGUGAACAGCAGGCUGAUGGUGAGAAAGCUUUGGGACACCCUGCACAUCCCUAUAUUUGCUCUGGUGGAUGCUGACCCUUAUGGGAUUGAGAUCAUGUGCAUCUACAAGUAUGGAUCAGUGGCCAUGUCGUUUGAGGCCCACAGUCUGACCGUCCCCAGCAUUAUGUGGCUAGGCCUCCUCCCCUCUGACCUCCAGAGAUUGAGAGUACCUGAGGAUGCUCUGAUCCCCCUCACACAGAGAGACCAGAGUAAACUGACCAGCCUGCUGAAGAGACCCUACCUGGCCUGCCAACCUGCCUGGCAGAGAGAGAUGGAAAUGAUGCAUCGGAGCAAGGUGAAAGCUGAGAUCCAGUCACUGGCGUCCAUAGCCCCUGAUUACCUCAGCCGUGUCUACCUACCCAAUAAGCUGCGCUACGGCGGCUGGAUAUGAUCACACACUGCCCCUCUGUGGACGGUGGGAUGUGGGAUUUGAUUUGGCUGGAUUCAAGCACUCAUGUAUGGAUGUGGUACAGUUGCAGUGUCUGUCUGCAUAUUUUACAUUGACAUUUUAGUCAUUUUAGCAGACGCUCUUAUCCAGUUACCCAAUCCUGUCUGUCACACAGUGACCUGAAUGUAAAAUUGUACAUCACAUUUUUAUAUUAUUGAUUAUUUUACGUCAUUAUAUUAUAUGACGUGUAUAUUUAACUCAAUUAUUCCAGAUUAGAGUAUCAAUCCACCUGAAAUGGCCAAUUGACUGUGAUUGACUGUGUCCUUGAUGGUAAUGUACCUGUGGAUACUAAAAAUGUAAAUUUUCUGCCACUUGUAUUAAAUCAAAUCAAAUCAA